UAAAGCUAGCCGAUCGUUCUUCGCUACAAGAAACUAGGUUACAAAUGAUUAACCGUGCUCACUUUUCCAGUCCCCUGGACAAGAUUAAUGAGAAUGCGCCAAAACCAGUUUUAGCCUGAAAAACUUGAAUUGGUUCAUUUGUUUCAAAGAUAAAUUGUAGGAGGAUACUUUCUCUAGAGGAGGAAGAACGGAGUUGUGGUGAUACGAUUGAGUCGUCGGAACUAAGACAUAGUUAUGGAGAUGAGUGCUUUUCUCUGGAGGUGUGUUUGAGAGAAAUUCGUGAAAAAGAUUGAAAUAUCCAUAUAUUUUAGAUUUGAAUAAUCUAAAUGAAACAUGGUUGGGUUUGUAAUUAUGAAAAUUCAUUAAGUCCUUACAUGUUUUUUACUCGUUUUCUGAUUAAAAAAAUAUUCAGAAGAAAAUUAUCUUUAGAUCUGGGGCAUAUUACCAUUUUUGAUAAAGUUCUAGGACAUUUAUUAAUUCAAUUUAUUAAAAAUGUCAAUGUAAUAUUUAUUUAAUCUUAUUUUAUUUUAGAUAGCUUUAAUUCAAUAUUUUUAUAAUAAUAUUUUCCCAAACCAGGUAAAUGUAAAACAAAGAAACAAAAUAUCCAUAAAACUAAGAUAUGAAAACUAUAUAUGUAUAUAACAUAUUAAGAGAUGAUUGGUUGGAUUAUAGCAAUUUUUUUAUAAACCAACAUGUAAAUAUUUAUAUUCAUACAUGUAACAUGAGAACAUAAUGAUACUUAAUACAAUUUUAUUUAAUUAUCAUAAUUAUAAAUUGUCGAAUUACUUGAAACCUGUAAAACAAUUAUUUAUUUAUUUUUUAUAAACCUAUUAAAUAUGAGUUCAAAAAUUAAUACCAUGUCAAUAAAAAUACACAGCGCGAAUGAAUAGAAAAAACAUUUCACUUGCUCUAAAUAAAUCACGCGUAGAGUGCGUGAGACCAUAAGACCAUCCGCAACGGUCGAAAUGGCCAUUAUCUUAGCGCGAAUUCUUAGGCAAAACCUAAAAAAAUAAUCGUAAUAUUUUUACUUUAGGUAAGAAAGAGUCCUUAGGGAAGGAGGUUUAAGGAUUAAUCCUUAAGUGUGUGGCAUCACGUGAUAGGCUAGCGGAAGGGGUGUGUUCCGCGUGGGGGAAAAAGAAUCAUUUGGUUUGUCGAUCACGAAAAAAAAAGAGCUCUCGCGAUAUCAAAGGCGAUUCGGCGACUGGAGAAGGGUGAAGGUGUUGAAAUGGAGGAAGAAUUAAGAGAUAUGAAAGCCCGGAAAGAUUACUACAACAUGCUUCAUGCCGUUUCAGAUGCGCAACAAGGUAUUCCUCAAUUCUGCCCCUGUGGAGCACUGACGAAGGAAGUCGUUGAUGAAGACGACAAUUAUGACUACCUCCCUGGGAAGAGAUACUUCAUCUGCUGUGAGUUCGAGAAUGACGGGAUGCAUUUCAGGCAACCAUGGGUUACGGGUAUGCAACAAGAGGUUGAGAGGUUCAAAAAAGUAUUCAACGAGCAGGAAAAGCUGAAGAGAGAAUGCGAGGCGCUUAAGGAGCAGGUGAAGAUGCUGCAUUUGCGUCUGAAUGAACUUGAGAGCAGCCAUUCGAAGGUGAAGAAGAAGCAAAUGUGAGCCAAGUCACGGGUUGUCUGGAAAGCUGCUGUGUGUUUUGUUUGUUUCUGCGACUGUUUUCAUGUGAACCAAGUCACGGGUUGUCUGUAACCCUUGGCUUUAUAACUCUGCUGUUUCGGCUUUGUAACUCUACUACUCUUCUUCUCAAAAAACUUGUAUCUCUCUGCUUUCAGUUUGUUAUCUUUGCAUCGGAAUCUCUACUAUUGUAAGCUCUCUGUUUCUUGAACUAGAAGUUGUUGUCGGUUUAAAACCA